AUGAAACUUUUGCAGCCUCAUAGGUCAGCAGGAUCGAACACUGCGCAGAGGCGGCAGCGACAAGUGAGACCUGCAACCAGAAGGAGAGAGAAGAAACCUGCAACAAAAAAUCAAGUGGACGACUUCAGAGAUGGCCGCAGUACCAUUUCUGGUGUUAUGUGCUUGUGUUUUGGGGCUUUACCAUGUGGAAGCAACACCAGACACCCUGAGCUCGGUGGAUUCUUCUUUCUGUCAGGGUGGACUACAUGUGAUCUAUCCAGAACUGGACAUCGACAAAUGCCUCAUAAUUCCAAAGGACCGGAAACUCAGAGAAAAGGUCAGCACAGUUUGGAAAGCCCCGCAGAUUUACUUCACUGGAGCAGACAAGAGAAAGCUGUACGUUCUGGUGAUGGCUGAUCCUGAUGCUCCGAGCAAUACCAAACCAACAUCUGCUUACUGGAGGCACUGGCUGGUGGUGAACAUACAGUACUUUGCACCUCGUGCUGGGAACAUCUGUCUGGCGUCAGAGUGGAGCCUGGCUGUGCAGAUUGGAGCAGCCUGUGUGUGUGAAGAAAAGAGGACUGAAAUAGGUGCUGAGACCAGAUAUUUGAUGCCUGAUGGGGACUUCCAUGCUUACCUCAAGUGGGUUUUGGGCCAUUUCACAGACAACAUAUUUAGUCCUUUUUCCUCCCACUCAAGGAUGCAGCCGUCUUCAGGCACUGGACUCAAGAAAGCACAGAUACAAGGGACAACACUCACCGACUAUUCUGCUCCAACCCCGCCAAAGAAGACUGGCUUUCACCGCUACCAGUUCAUGUUGUUUGAGCAGCCCCCAUACGGACCAUUGUCACUCACAGAGGAGGAGAAGUCAACCCGUGGUAAAUGGGAUCUCCGGGCCUUCGUCUCAAGGUUUGAUCUGGGAGAGCCCGUGGCAACUGUGCAGUUUCUCACCCAAAACUACAAAGACUAAUGGAUGCUGAACUGCUUGAAAUAUCUCUUAUAUGUCAGUAUUGUCUGUCUGUACAAUGAUUGAAAAUAAGAUGUUUCCCCAGUUUCCGUAAAUAAACUGCAUCAGUUCUUCAAAGCUUGCAA